CUCAAGGUUAAAAGGUGCAAUCUUUUCCACUGACUAAACUUAAUUUCUAUAAUUAUUGCUAGUGUGAGAUUAAAAUAUUUGCGGUCAAAGAUGAAUACAAAUUUGCAUUUAUUUACGUAAAUAAGAACAUCAUAUAUCAAAGAUUAAAAAGAAGAAGGAAAAAAAAAAUUCUUAACAAUAUAUCCAAUCAACUUCUAAAUUGUGGGCCCCAAUGUUUCCAACAACCUUGAACCUCCCUUAUCCCAAAACCUAAAUAUCUCCCCUAUCAUGCGCACGACUCCACCUUUUUCCCCGGCGCAUUUUAUCACACUUUUCCAAUCACUUUCCUCCAACACCUAAACCACCGUCGCUUUCUUUCUCCUUCUCUCUCCUCCAAACACACAAACAAACACACACUCAGAUUUUCUCUCUCCUCCAUUGAAAUGGUGGGCCAGCAAUAUCAGUAUCACUACCACCAUCUCCUCGACAGAGGCGAUCUUCUCAAAUCCAAUGCUCGCUUCUUGCAGCUUCAGCUCCGCCAACGCUUCCGUGUCGCCGUCGAUCGUCACCUUUACCGUCGCCGUGAUUCUCUCUCCUCCGCCGUUGACGGCCGUGUUUCCUCUGCUGUUAAGCGUUGGUUUCAUCGCUUUCGUGAUUUCCGUCGUAAUUCUCUCUCUUCCUCAACCUCUGCGUCUCCUUCUUCUGCGUUCUCUCGCAUUAAACGAGUUAAAAGGGAUAUAUAUGCUGAAGAAGAGUCAGCUAUCACCCGCAUGGUUCAGGCUGUGGCAGUACCUGUUCUUGGGAAUGUUUGCCACGUAUUUAUGCAUGGACUCAACCGUGUCCAGGUUUUUGGUGCAGAGAAGUUACUUAGCACUGUGCAGAAUAAAUCUAAAGAGAAGCCUCUGAUAACAGUUAGUAAUCAUGUUGCUUCUAUGGAUGAUCCACUUGUGAUUGCAUCGUUGCUCCCUCCACGUGUUCUCAUGGAUGCUCAAAACUUAAGAUGGAGCCUCUGUGCGAGUGAUCGAUGCUUCAAAAAUCCAGUCACUUCUGCAUUCUUCAAGUCAUUAAAGGUUUUGCCAGUUUCUCGUGGUGAUGGGAUAUACCAGAAGGGCCUGGACACAGCUAUAUCUAAACUAAAUAAUGGCGGAUGGGUCCACAUCUUCCCUGAAGGUAGCCGUUCACGAGAUGGUGGGAAAACUAUUGGGUCAGCCAAGAGGGGUGUUGGGAGGUUGGUGUUGGAUGCUGACAAAACACCAAUUGUAGUCCCGUUUGUGCAUACCGGUAUGCAAGAGAUUAUACCUAUUGGAGCCAGCUUUCCAAGGAUUGGCAAGACCGUGACUGUACUUAUUGGCGAUCCUAUGGAGUUUGAUGAUUUGCUUAAUGCCGAAGAAACAGAUCUUGCAUCAAGAGGGAAUUCAUAUGAUGCUGUGUCUACAAGGAUAGGCCAGAGACUGAAUGAACUGAAACUCCAGGUGGACAAAUUGGCCCUUGAGAAACCUCGUCAAAUUAAAGAAUAUGCCUUAAAGGGAAUUGACCGAGCUGCUGAGAUCAUGCAGCAGGUUGAUUGGGAGUCAUUUGGCCUGAAUAAUUAUAUAUCAUCUCAAGAUGACUCAGAAAGGUCUGAACUAGAAAGGCAAAAUGAAGAAGUGAUUAGAUCAUAUCAAGAGGAAUUUAUUUAUGAAUUCGAUGAAGGGACUAGGUUUACUAAUGGCAGCAUUAUGUCUAGAAUCCAGAGUUUCACGAAUUCCACAGAUUAUAUUGGUUUUGCUGCAAGAAGUGUAUUACCAGAACAGUUGAACUUUGUGUCCCGGGACUAUCGGCAAUUGAAUCCCUUAAGGGCAUGGAAACAGUACCUGGAAGCUAGUUAUGGUUCAAAAGUGAAUUUAUGCUAGCACUUGGUAGUGAAGUCAAAAUUAACAGUAUCUUUAGUUAUAGCGGCUUUCCUUGAGUUGGCUUGGUGUUCUUCCCAGUCAUCAGCAGUGGCAGCGUACUGUAACCCUGAAAAUUGUACAGAUAAAGGAUAGGAUUAUCUGACAGAUGUAGAUAUGAACUAAUUACUUCUGUUCCUGAAGGCAGCGGGGUUUUUGUCCUAGUUUGUAGUUCCAACCCUGAAAACUCAGGAAUAUGCCAAGUUAGAGAACUUAAAUGAACGAUGCUGAAGCUUAACAUUCUGAAUGUAAAACAUAUGUUUCUCCUGCUGUUCUACUUUGUCUGGAGACAAUUUUUUCUGUAGUUGGCAGGAUAUCUGGAUAUGGUGUAUCAGUGUAUGAUUUCUGAGUACUUAAGUUUUGUUUUGUGUUUAUUCGAGUUUCUUAGCUGA